AUGCCCCGACCAGGUCUUCCACUCACUCCAGGCUCUUCAUCCGACAUUAAAGGAAAAGACGGAACUCAACAGCUCGCUUCUUUUCAACUCUCGUUCGAGCUGCCACCUCCAGCGAUCUAUGACGCUUCUCGCAUAUCGCCCACAAUGUCAUCUCAGGUUUCACCGACAGAUACGAAGUCGCAACAGGUUGGCACUGCUUCACCAGGAACAACAUACCCAAUGCAACCUGCCGAGGCCGUAAAGGCUCGACGUCGUUCAUCAGCUGCCAGGGAUGCAAAGGAUAACUCGUUCGCUCUACCACCUCCGCCAACUCGAUCCCGGAAAAUAAUCCAGAUGAAACCUCGACAGGAGGGAAGCAGCGACAAUACCAACAAGGAAAAGGCGAAGACGACUAGCAAGAGCACUGCGAAAACCACAACCACUGCAGCCAACUCAAAGGCCACAGCACCUCAAGGGGAUGCGGCCACAGAUGACAAGACGAAAAAGAAGCAACCCAGUGCCACAAGCGCAGCGGGACGAAAGAUCGCCAGGAAAACCGCACACAGUUUGAUCGAGCGUCGAAGGCGGAGCAAAAUGAAUGAGGAGUUUGCUGUACUCAAAGGCAUGAUUCCAGCCUGUACAGGAGAUAUGCAUAAACUGUCCAUUCUUCAGGCUUCGAUCGAAUACAUCCGGUACUUGGAGGAUUGUGUCUCCAAGUUGAAAGCACAACAGGAGGAUGAUGGUCAGACAGAGUCCGGCCGUCAAACACCUACCGGCCGAGAGCGGUUACCCUCCAUUCGUGAAUUUCACCCAACUUUCCAAGGCGACCCAGCCGGUGAUGAUGAUAUUGAGAUGGAGGAUUCUGAUGUCACAUCGCCUGCUCUAAAUGCCAUGUCGGAUCAUAAUGCCCGCCAUCCGUCUGCGUCCCCUGCACUUCCUCCACAAGACUCUCGCCAUCGAGCACAGUCAUACUCUUCCGCAUCAACAGACCAUCGCAGAUAUAGCUACAGCGUUUCUGCUGGAACGUCACCCGCCUUCGGUCCGCAGAUAUACGGAGCGCCACACUAUGCCAGGAGCGAUGCCUCAGCGCCAGGGUCAGCCUUGACAAGCCCAGCGCUCAACCCUCAAAGCGAGCUGGAUCAAGAGGCUAUGGCUGCAUUGUUGAUGCUUAAUAAUGAUCGUCGGGAUUCCAAGGGCAGAGGACUAUCGGUGCGUGAUCUUCUCAGCACAUGA